AUGAGGUGUCUCUGCUCCGUGGACCCACACAAUGGAACAGGGUCAGUGGAAUUCCUCCUUCUGGGGCUCUCAGAUGACCCACAAGUCCAAUUUGUCAUCUUCUGCCUCUUCCUGUCCAUGUACCUGGUCACCAUCACGGGGAACCUGCUCAUCAUCCUGGCCAUCACCUCUGACCCCCACCUGCACACGCCCAUGUACUUCUUCCUCUCCAUCCUGUCCACGGCUGACAUUGGCUUUACCUCCACCACGGUGCCAAAGAUGAUUUGGAACAUUCACACUCGGAGCAGAGCCAUCUCUCACGCAGACUGUUUGGUACAGUUGACUUUUUUUUAUCUUUUUGGUUGUUUGGACAGUGCCAUUCUAGCUGUGAUGGCUUAUGAUCGCUUUGUGGCCAUCUGCCACCCCCUGCACUACCCCAUCAUCAUGAACCCCCACCUCUGUAGCCUGCUGCUUCUGGCGUCUGUUUGCAUCAGCCUGAUGGAGUCCCAGGUGCAUUGCUUGAUGAUGUCACAGCUCACCUUCUGCACCCGCGUGGAAAUUCCUCAUUUCUUCUGUGACCUUCCUCAACUCCUCAGUCUAUCUUGUGGGGAUACCUCCAUGGACAACAUGUUAAUGUAUAUUUUAGCUACUAUUUUUGGGGGAGUGCCAGUCUCAGGGAUGCUGUACUCUUAUUUCAGAAUCGUGUCCUCUGUUCUGAGAAUCUCGUCCACGGGAGGGAGAUACAAAGCCUUCUCCACCUGUGGCUCUCACUUGACUGUUGUUUGCUUAUUUUAUGGGACAGCUUUUGCGGUGUACCUCAGCUCUGCUGUCUCCCAUUCUCCCAGGAAGGUAGCAGUGUCUUCUGUGGUGUACACAACUAUUGUCCCCAUGCUGAACCCCUUCAUCUACAGCCUGAGAAACAAGGACAUCAACAGAGCCUUCCAGAAGCUUCUCAGAUUAUAG